AUGAAUAAUUCCAAGAAUACAGCUGAAAUGGUGGAGGAAAAAUUGGAUUUGGUUCGAAGAUAUUUGCUGCAAUCCUUGAAAGGGUUGGAGGCUAAAGAGAAGAAGCUGCAAGUAGUCCAAGAAAUAGUGAGGAAAAGUUCAGAAAAGCUCAGUUUGAUUCGAGAAUCUAUGCAACAGGAGGAGAAAACGUCUCAUUUCUUGCUGAAUAAAGGGCUUAAAGAAUUGGAAAUUAGAAGGGAGAAACUGGGGUUGAUUCAAGAGAAUGUAAUGAUUAGACUGGAGAAAUUGAAUGAGAAAGAGCUGUUGAUAGAAGGGCUUUUUAAAAAAGUGGAACUGGAGGUGGAACAAUUUCAGACCAAUAAAAAAUUGGUUGAUGAAUGUUUUGAGGAAAUCCAGUUUGAAGAAAGGAGAUUAGAUGAUGAUAUGAAAGAGCUGGAGUUGAUUGAAAACCUGGUCGAGAGGACAGAAAAUGGGAUUCAUCACGAGAAAGAGGGAAUAAAAAUCAAGGAAAAGGUUUUGGGCUUGAAGAAAGAGGAGCUUGUUGCUAAAGAGAAUGAACUUGUAGCCAGGGAAAAGAUUUUGGUCCUAAAGGAGGAGGAACUUUCAGCUAAAGAGAAAGAACUAGAAGCCAGAGAAAAGAUUUUGAGUUUGAUAAACGAACCUGAUCUGGAAGACAGAGAGCUUGACUCUGUUCAAAAGUCGAUAGAACAAGGCAGUAAGCAAUGUGAUUUAACAAAUCCAGAUCCAUCAGAGGAAGAACAACUGGACCACAGAAGCAGGAAAAGGGAAGGUACAGACAAGAAUGGAAGCUGCAAGAGUUCCAAGAGAUGUCGUCCUCAUGUUGAUUUUGGAGGGAGCUUCAACAGCAAAGAUGACAAUGAAGUUGAACAAAUUGCGGCAAAAGAUAUAAAACAGUCAGGUUUAGCUGAUUCAAGAUGCGAUGAUCAUCAUGAGUCAGUUGUAGAUGCAACAAGUGAUCAUAAGGAGUCCGAUUCAGAAUCAGGCCCUUCAGAGUUUGCUCGUGAGGAAGACAACCAGAUUUUGCCAGGACUAGGAGCGAUUAAGGGGCCUUAUACUAAUGUUGAACAAAUUGUGUGUCCAGGUCCAAACUAUACUUCAAAUUCCAAUCCCAUUGACUACUCAAAAUGGUUGAUCAAUGAUUUCAAUGAUGAGGACAAACUAAAAAGAUUGGCUGCUGGACAAACAUGGGCUACUUAUGGGGAAAUAGAUGACUUACCAAGAUCAUAUUUCCUGGUUGUAGAUGUAUUUGAAUCUAGAGACUCUAGUCUUGCAAAGUUGCGCGUAUUAUGGCUUCAGCCUCUUCCAAAUUAUCGAGCUUGGAAGAAGGGUUGGAAGGAGUUUAUGCAUGCAAACUUGCCUGUUUGUCAUCAGGGUUGGAAGGAGUGGAUAGAUGCCAGGUUACCUGUUGGUUGUGGGGUGUUUCAACGUGGGAAAGAACAGACUUUGUCAUUGUCUCUUGAUAGGCUUUCUGAUCAAGUAUGGUGCAAAGUUAAGCGUAGUUCUUACUUGAUACAUCCCAGUAUAGGAGAAAUUUGGGCCCUUUAUAAGGACUGGGAUAUUGUCAGGUGGUCUUCGAGCCCUGAAAAACGAAGACAAUGCAAGUAUCAAAUAGUUGAGGUUCUUGGCAGAAAAUCUAAGGGCAUUAGAGUUGCUUACUUGGACAAAUUGGAAGGGUUUGUUAGUUUAUUUCAGAGAAGAAGCCAGAGUGAGAAAGAUUCAUUCUUGAUAGAGGACAAAGAGCUCUUCAGGUUCUCCCAUAAAGUGCCAUCUUGA